AUGGAGUCGAUGCGCACGCGGUGUGUAUGGCCGCCUCUGUGGUCUCCUGUUACUCCGCUGCGUGUGCCGCAUCCUGACGCACCACUGGCAAUAAAUUGUUUUAUUUCUUUUCUUUCUCUUUUUCCUUUGUCUCCCGCCUCC